AGAGAAAAGACUUGCCUUUCUUGGGGGCGGUGCCGGGCGGUUGACGGUUGGAGCUGUCGAAGGCGGACAAAAUGGCGGAAGGCGACAACAGGAGCACCAACCAGCUGGCUGCUGAAACAGCUGCUUUGGAGGAGCAGUUGCAAGGAUGGGGUGAAGUGAUUUUAGUGACUGACAAAAUCCUGCGCUGGGAAAAAGCAUGGUUUCCACCUGCCAUCAUUGCUGUAGUUUCCUUCAUUUUUAUGAUGAUCUACUACUUGGAUCCAUCUGUUCUUUCAGGUGUUUCUUGUUUUGUUAUGUUGCUUUGUUUGGCUGACUAUCUGGUACCUGCUCUUGCUCCUCGGAUUUUUGGUUCCAGUAAAUGGACUACCGAACAACAACAACGUGAAAUCUGCAGCAACCUGAUAAAAACACGUCGUAGAAUUGUCGGUUGGUGGAAACGCCUUUUCACAUUUAAGGAGGAGAAGCCAAAAAUGUACUUCAUGACAAUGCUGUGUUCUCUGGCUGUGAUUGCUUGGAUUAGACAGCAAGUUCAUAAUCUCUUCCUCACCUACCUUAUUGUGAGCUGCUUCUUGUUGUUUCCUGGAUUAAACAAACAUGGAAUCAUUUCAAAGUAUGCCGGAAUGGCAAAAAGGGAGGUCAACAAACUCCUCAAYCACAAAGAGAAGAAAAAUGAAUGAAGCUCUGUUACACUGAUUUUAUGUUCUGGGAACAAUUAAAUGAAUUCUUGUGUGUUUAAUAGGAUAGAAGUUUUCAUUUCAGUAAUCGCCUUUUAACCUUAAAUGGGAUUCCUUCUACAGUUUAAGUAGAAACCGUGUGGUCUUUCAGUCACACAUGAAUACAGUCUGCUAUGACAUGAGCAGUCAUUCUUAUAGUAAGUGUGGCUAAGCAACACCAUAAUGUGAUAAGGUUGUUCAUCAAUAAUAAUUGGUGGUGGUAUUUGUCUGAAGAUAGCCUUUGCUUCUGCUUCUGGUGGAAAGAUACUAGCUAAAACCUCUUCUUUUUUUAGUAUUUUGAAGAUUCACUGGACUGUCCAUAGAUGUAUUGUAUGAUAACAUCAAAAAACUUAGAAAGUUAUGUGCCAUGGGCAAUUUAAAUAAACAGGGCUCCUCAACUCUAGUACCCAAGCUGUCAUUAUUUCUGUAUACAACCUACUGCACUGAAACUGUGGAAAAUGAAAAUUAGAAUGCAUGAACAGUCUACUUUCUUGCUUGUUAUUUAAUUUGUGAUAGUUUUGAAUAUUGUGCUGCGUGUCUUGAAGGUUUUUAAUGUCUAUAAACAAAAACAUGUUGAAAAUACUUGAUGUACCCAUGUCAGCGAGUCUCUGUAGAGUUGUGUUUUCUUAAUGCUGUUUUAACUAAUAAUUCACUUUUCUUAAGUAAAAGUUGUAACCUGUUAACACAAUAAGCAUCUUAAGUUGGUGUUUAAAAGACAAAUUUCUGUCUUAAUUGUAAAUGGAUAAGCAGUGUUAUUGCCAGUUUAAAGAAAUAUAGAAAUGUUGGGAAACCUUGAAACGUUCUCUUUUUUUAUUACCUUGUAGGCAUUCUUAUUCUUUGGAAAAAGCAUACCAGGAUACUUGGUGCUUACAUUAUUGCCUUACAGGUGUAGCUUUGUCUCAUUCUAAGCUGCCAACAUAGUUUCAUUAUAGUUCUUUUUAACACAAAAUGUUCCAAUGGAGGUUAAUUCCUCUUUUGUUCCUACUCUUCUUGCCUGUAGUUAUGACUGUGACUGUCAGCAACAAAAAAUGAAAUGUCUUCCAUCUUGUUAUCUGCCUAGAACCAACAUGAAAGUGUAAUACUAACUGUGAAUGAUUAAAAAUAAGUUUGCCCAGAUCUAAGAAUUUGGCUAUUCAAAAAAUAGGCUUCAAACCCUAAUCGAUAUUAGAAUUUCUGAUCAAAGAGGAAUUAUUUUCACAAGUUUGCUUGCAGGAAUGCAACUGAAUUCCCCAUUAAUUGCUGCAUGGCUCAUUCACCUUCAUUAAUAGACCAUUCUUGUCUAUUUGAAUUCUUCGCCAGCAAGUCAUGCGCACAUUACAGAGAAAGGAGAAUGGUAUAAAAGGGAAAUUAAAAGCUUUCAGCUAAAUACAGAAAGAGGAACAUAAAUCCAUUUCUCUGAAAAUCUUUUGUAUAUUUUAUUUGCUCUGCCUUUCUCUUAUUUUGCAUAUUUAUUUUACACAAAAUACUUUAAGCUGAAGUAGGAAUGUGAUGUCGUGUGUAAAGAAAAAAGUGUAAUAGGGUGGGUAGGUAGGGAGAGAAGGGCACAUUCUUGGAGGGAGUGGGAUUCAAUGUCAUGCAGUUGUUAUUGUUUUGCUUAGCAUUGUUCUUUUGCAUUGAUGUGUAGACUGCUGAUAAAUGUGUAAUACCUAGACACCUAAACAAAUAAAUAAAUAAAAGUGCAA